AUGUCUUCUGAGCCAACAAGUUUUACUAUUGAACAAAACAAAAAGGCAAUCAACGACUAUGACUUAUGUGAAUCCAUUGAAUAUGAAGAUGGAAUGAGAAACUUGUACGCUGAUGUAGAUGGCAAUUUAGUCCACGAGACAUUUGAAGAGAUCCGAGUCAAAUAUCCAAAGAUGUCCGAAAUUGUUUCUAAAAUCAAUCUAAAAGACAACCCAA